UGGCAUUCCCGCGUACUGGUCCUCACCGUCCCUGGUGUACUGCUUCCGAAUUCAGAUGAUGCGGAAACCUUGGGCUCUCGGGUGGCUUGUCGACACAGAAGCCGUCGUUGAACUCUCCAGGUGUCUGAACCUCGUACGCGGGCCAAAAGCUGACGAUGGACUUGCGGUCGAGGACGCGGGAGUCAAAUACAUCGUGAGCCGCCUUUGGUGGCCAUACAUGAUGGAGUGCCUGGUUGAUGACAACGAGAAUCCCGAGCUUGUUUUCGCCAUCUAUGUCGACAACAAGCGCAGGUCGUACCCUCCUAGGUGGAUUCCGCGCUCGCAGAUGUUGUCGAGGAAGUGGGCCGACAAGCUGAACGAGCUGAUGCCGCUCAAAGGCAGGGCUCAAUGGUAUCGUUGUGUCGAUGGCUCACACACACCGUGGCGCUAUCCGGAUGACGACGACGACGAGAAUGAAGUCUGGGUCGAUGUUCUGCACACGUUGCCACAGCCCGAACCGGAGGAAGAAGCUGCCGUAGAUGUUGUCGUGGAGGAAUACGAGGUCGAGUACGGGGAGUACCAUGAGGAGGAAGUUGAGUAUGAUGUUGGUGCCGAGGAAGACCUUGUGGAGAGCUAUGAAGACGACCAAGAAUCAAACGAAGUCGUGGACUACGCUGAGGAUGGAGAAGAGUAUCUCGAGGAAGGAGAGCAGGGCAUGACGGGCUAUCAAGACAGUACAGACUACGACGAUGGCCCGGGGGCUAUGGUGGGCGGCGACGGUGAAACUGCUGUAUACGCCGAUGAACGAGGCGCGGUGGACUUCGAAGACGACGACUCUGACACUGUUCGCGGCGACGAAGGUGCCGAUGUGUGCGCUGGUGACGGUGGUGAUGACGCGGUUGGAUACGUCGGUGCUAACGAUGACCGCCACGCUAUCUCGAGCGAGGCGAACGUCCAUCGCGGAAGGGUCGAGGAGGCGCCUUCAUCUGGCAGCGUUGAGUUCCGUUCUGAAGUGGGCCUCGCGGGCGCGGCAGAAGAUGCACUGUGAUCAUCCAGAACCGUCGCCCUGUCCUUUUUCCGUAUCAAUACCUGGGAUUACCCACCCUCAGCAUGCUGCUUCAUUACUUUCUCCCAUGGUUAUGCUCGCUCAAACGCCGCUGUGAUCUUUUACUACGUACUACGUCGCAACCCCUGGAAUCAAUCUCGCAGUCUUGUAUAAUAUCCACACUGUUGUAUGUAUCAGCAGCAUACACCGAUCCUAGUUUACGUGCA